GCGUCCCGGCGGGCCUAUAGGCCUACCAGAGAAUGGUCUAAGACCCUGUUGGUGGUUUCCACAACAUGUUUUUAGAACCUGGCAGUUUUUCCUGGUCCUCAUCGGCAGGCUGGGCCGGUCGGUCCCUGCUCCGCCGCCGCCGCCGUCGCCCCGAGCCGCGCGGGCCGUGCGCGGCCGUGGCCGGCAGCAGGCCGCGGCCGCCCGACGGGGGGGCCAUGAAGCUGUCGUCCUCUCCGUCCCCGGGCCGGCGGGCGGCGCCCCGCGUGCUGCGGGUGGAGUACAACGGCAUGCCCUACGACUGGCUCAAUCUGGACGAGAUGGGCCCGAGGGUGGCUCACUCGGAGCAGUUCAUCGCCACGCUGCGGGACAACAUCGUGCGGUACUUCAAGGUGCCC